UGCGUUUCGGUGUAACGAUGGCUCUCCGUGCAGUGAUUUCUUCUAAAGUGCCUAUGGUGAUAAUUUUGGGUGCAACAGGAACUGGAAAGACUAAAUUAAGUGUAGAAUUAGCACAAAAGUUCGUGACAGAGGUCAUCAGCGCGGAUUCAAUGCAGAUUUACAAAGGCCUCGAUGUCGUGACUGCAAAGGCCUCCGCCAAAGAACGAGAGAUGGCGCCACACCAUCUCCUGGACAUUCUGGAACCACAUCAGAUGUUCACAGUCGUCGACUUUAGAAACAGAGCACUUAAGAUUAUAGACAACUUAACAGAACAAGGAAAAAUACCGAUUGUGGUUGGUGGAACAAACUACUACAUAGAAUCAAUUGUUUACAAAAUUCUAGUUGAAAAUAUGGAUGAUGGUGAAACCUUGCUUUGGGAUAAAUCGAGGCGAAAAAGGAAUAUGGGAAUGGUAGAGAAUAUUAAAGAAAUAGAAGAUAAAGCACAACUACUAGAAGAUAAGAACACAGAAAAUAUCAUGGAUUCUGAAAGCAGAGAAGAUCUCGUAAACUUAAAAAGCACUGAACAUUCGGUAGAAACUAAAAACGAAGAUCUCGCAGAUUUAUCAGGAAUUAAAAGCACAGAAGAAGUGUCAAAACUUGGAAAUACAGAAGAUCUUGGAGAAAAUAUUGAAGAACCAUCAACAUCUGCUCCAGUCAAAAUAGAUUUUUCCAACUUCCAAAUAACCAAAGAACAAUUGCAAAGAGAUUAUGAGAAUGAAGCUAUUUUUACAAAUGAAGAGAUUCAUGCAAAGUUGUCUAUGAUAGACCGACAGAUGGCGCGCCGAUUACAUCCUAAUAAUAGAAGAAAAGUUCUGAGGUCCAUAGAAGUAUGGUUGAAGACUGGACGUCUUCACAGCGAGAUCCUGGCUGAACAGAAACUUAGCGAGGGUCAGCUUCGGAAACCGGACUCGACCAUCAUAUUCUGGUUGAAAUGCGAACAGAGUAUCCACGAUCAGCGACUCAACUCUAGAGUGGACUCCAUGAUAGAAGAAGGCCUGAUACAGGAGCUCCUGGACUUCCACGACAAGCACAACAAGCAAAGGAUAAAGGAUGGAAAGCCACCGGACUACACCAAAGGUGUCUUCCAAACUCUCGGCUUUAAAGAAUUUCAUGAGUAUUUAAUGCUGUCUGAUGAAGAAAGAAAUACUGACGCAGGAAAAAAAUUACUCGAACAAAGCAUAGAAAACAUGAAAAUGGGCACCAGGAGGUACGCCCGCCGGCAAAACAAGAUGAUUAGAGGAAGAUUCUUGGAACAUCCUACAAGAGAGGUACCGCCCAUUUACGAAUUGGAUACUACAGAUAUUUCGAAAUGGGAUGAAGAAGUUAAAAACAAAGCUAUACAUAUUGUAGAAAGUUAUGUUAAUGAAAAACCAUGUGAAUAUACCCCAGUAAAAUCAGUUAUAGAUGAUGUAAAAAAAGGAAUAGAUGGUAAUUCACACAACUAUUGUGAAGUGUGUAAAAGAAUAUUCAUUGGGGAUAAUGUAUAUGCAAUUCAUUUAGAAUCCUUUAGACAUAAGAAAGUACUGAAGAAAAUGAAACGUUUAGAAGAACAAAGGAACAGGACAGAAGCAGAAACAAAAAUCUCUAAUGUUUAAUUAAGUUAUUGUGUGUGAUGUGUAUGAAGUGUAUGACUAGUAAUAGUAAUAAAAAAUGAUAAAACCGAUAUUUUAAAUAA